AUGUCGGCUAUCACAAUCGACAUAUCCGAAGAUGUUUUCAUGCUCGACUCGACAUCAACAGACGUUCACCUCAGCUUCACAGCUAAUGACUCGGAUUUUACUCAAGCCAUUGCUAUACAAAUCAUACCGUUUCUCCUCUUUCUCGACGAUUAUAAAUACCAGCCUUUCAUACCGGGAUUUUUUUCGGCCAUUGGCUCUUCUAUGGGCUUUUCCAUCCAAACGCCAUCCGAGUCGCGUCAAGUCAUAGUCUCCCCUGGAUUCAAUCUAAUCGAUCCACUACCAACCAUGGAUGGCGGACCUUUCGUGUUAACCUUCUAUGAUCCACCGCCUCAACUUGACAUGGCUAAACUUUCUUUUAAAUCAAUAGGAAACGUUCUCGUUCUCGAGUUUCCUAAGGCGGUCGCCAUCAUGGAUGACGUCCUUUCUGACUGUGAUGCAAUCUUCAUAGCAACGGUGGAAGGUGGAAUGGAUGGGGGAGAUGGAGAGGAGUCUCCUGAGAGUAGGAACCUGCUAGGGAUAGGGAGCCAAUGUACGCUGACCAGAAACCGUAAAAUGCUCGAGAUAAUGCUUGGACAGGGAGACAAUCUCAUCAUGCCAGGUGAGAAAAUCGCCGUCCGUAAUGGCACCAUUUAUGGCGCCGGUAAGUACCCUAGCGCAGCGAAAGAGACCAACAUUACGGUAUUAGAGGGGGAUUCCCCUCCAGUGGGUGUGGUCCUACGUGGAGCAACAACAGUGAGCAGCUGCGGCGAUGUGAGCUUAUCUGCACGGGAGAGCACCGGAGGUGCUAGCAGGAGCUUUACCUACCUCUGGAUGGUUUACCCAACAGAUAAUACGAAUCUUACCGAUGCAUUAAGCGAAAUAACAACAUCUCAACUGAAUAUCGAUGGCGGCCUGCUGGUUGAGGACGUGGUCUAUAAAUUCACUGCCUUCGCGACUAACUUCUUAGGAGGAACAGGUGUAGGCUCUAUUGAUGUAGUCCGUACACCAGAAAUGGUACCUGGUCUUAGCAUCGUCCCUACCAUUGAUCCAAAGAGGGUAAUGGUGUCAGAAAGCUUCUAUCUUCAUGCCGAAGUUACGUUCUACUCUGACUGUGAGGGCGCUGAACCCAAGGAGACAGAGUAUGUGUGGACAGUGGACAAUGAUGACGUCACAUUAGACGGAACCACCCAGAAUUCCAGGUCUCUCUAUGUACCGGCUUUCUCACUCCCAGCUGACACCUCUAUCACUUUUACGGUCGCGAUCCAGGGAGUUAAUGGAAGCUCUGGACCUAACAGUACCGUCACAAUCACCACAUAUUCAUCUAAUCCCGUUGCAAUGAUCGUCGGUGGUCGUGAGAGGGAUAUCGGUAUCGGAAGUGGGAUGGUAGAGCUGGAUGGGUCAGCAUCACAUGACCCUGAUCAACCUGGGACUGAUCAUUUAGAGUUCACAUGGAGAUGUGUACAGAUUCCUGAGAACAUCCUCUGUGUAUCGGAGGAGGAUGGGUCUUUCUUUCCUGCACCGGAGCAGCUAGAAUCUGCUUCUGUGUCUUUCAACGCUUCUCAUAUGGCCCCUAACAAGAGCUACGAAUUCACUCUCAGGGUUGCAACGGCAUACAAAGAGAGUCAGGAGACAAGUGUCGUCGUCUGGGCUACGUCGGGCAAUGCUCCGCAGGUUCUCGUGUCCAUACCCGAUUCAGGUCCGGUCGAUUCGACAGAGCCUUUUGCUUUGACGGCUCAUGUUCAUCACGCUACCCCGGUUGCUAUCACAUGGAGUAUUAUCGGUGAAGUCGUCGCUAUGGAGGAUAUGGACUUCACAGGCAGUGCUAGCAACACAGAGCUUGAAGGGUCGACAUGGUCAAUCGUACAUAUCGAAAAAGGUGUUCUACGACCAAACGAAAAAUAUGUUGUCCUUGUGAUGGCUACUGAUGAACAGGGUCAAACCGGUUCAAGCCAGAUGGAACUGGUUGUGGCUAGUGGCGUUUCGUCGUGUCAACUAAAUCUUGAAAGUGGAAAUACUUAUACCGAACUUGACGAGAUUACCUUUACAAUUGACCAUUGCGUGACCGAGGAGGACGCCUAUCCACUGACCUAUCAGCUACUAAGUUCUUUUAGUGGCAGCAAUAAAAGGUCAAUGACCCCUGCUGGCGUACGACCCCUAAUAAAUAUCGUCGGACCCCCAGCGAGAGAAGGCUUGGGAAACAGAUCAUUCUUUGCCCACGUGUGUAAUGCACAUGGUAGCUGUUCAUACUUCAGUCUUGUGGCAUCGAUAGAAAUGAGGUCAUCUCUAGACUCAGAAGCUUUGAAAGUUGUCAUCGUUUCUCAAGAAGCUCUGAAAGGUAAUACCAACCAAGACCUGUUAGCGUUCCUCGGUUUAAUCGCACUAAGUAAAGUCGAAGAAAGACUAGCCGCAGUCAGACGACGACGAGCAACCGAAACUAGCGAUCGUGCAACGGAGCAACUGAGGCUUCUCUAUAGCGCUAUAACUACAUCAGUACUCGACAGGCCGACAGCGAGUACUCUGAUAGAUGCCUGUCCAGGGAUCGCCAUCGAUGACUUAUCAUCAGAGGACAUAGAUAAUUUCCUUGACAAGCUGCACGCUCUUGUUUCUGUGUUUGGGUGCGAUCAAGAGAUUCCUGCUAACAGCGCCUCGGUCGUUCUGUCGAUCAUCGAACAAAUUCAGGCUAUGACUGAUGAUGAAGACACUAUGAAGAUGUGCAGAGAGUUGACAAUGAGUUUGACCAAGGCUAACUCUGCUGGCCUUAUCCUUGGGGACUCUCCUGUGGAGACGUCAUCGGAUGCAUUGACGUCAACUCUCUUCUAUGAUAUCCCACAAGGAUCAUUCAAUACACUGUCUGGAGAGGGCGCUUUCCAGGUUGACCUUGGAAGUGACAUUGCUGAAAUGUAUGGCGGCUACUGGAAAUGUGGUAGAGGACGGUGCAUUGGGAUAAAUAUUCAAUUCGACCAGUACUCUGACAAUACUGAUCCAUACUCAACCGAAGACGAAGAUCGUGAUAACCGGGCAUCCGCCAUAUUGAAUAUCGCCCUCUACGACCCUUCCAGCUGUGAAGAACUGAUGGUGUCAUCUCUGAGCGACCCAAUCCGUAUUAACAUGACAGUGAGCGCAAUGAAGAGGAAUCAUAAAUUCAAAUGCCAUAUCUGGGAUGAAGAGGAUAAGGAAUGGACUAGCGAUGGAAUAGAGACAAAGGAGAUAGAUAACCAGAUGGUAGAGUGUAAGGUUCAACGCACUGGUACGUGUGUCAUCCUAGCUACGGAGAGGGGAGGGGCAAACAAAACCGUGGUCAUCAUCGUGAGUAUCAUCGGAACCCUGCUCAUUCUAACCCUCAUCAUCGUCAUCGUCAUCUUCAUACUGAAGAAGAAACAGAAAGAUAAGGGAGAUGGGAAUGUCGCCACCAACGACAGAAGCACGGCAGUGGCAACGGCUAUGACGUCAGAUGGGAAAGAGAUGGACGGUUCCAAAGAGGCCUCUACAGAGUAUGCCUAUGACUUCAACAUGCAGAACAUGGCCCAAAAGGUGAACUGCUAGAGGGCGCACUUCAUCAGAUCCCGAUAUCAAAUCUACAUGUAAAUCGAUACCAGAUAGUCUCACCUUCCCGGUUUGAUCAAAAUUGAUUUGAAUAUUACAGGGAUUCAAAUUUUGCGCGGAUCUACAUCACAACUGUUGCAACUGAAAUCAUAUCUGGUAUUAAAUCAAUAUGACAAUUUAUCCUUUUGAUACCAUUGGAGACCAGAUGCUUGUUUUAUUGUAAAAUAAAUCUGCAUGAAGUGUGGGUUUUAUUUAUUUCGUAUCUUUAUCGUAUGAAAAUGCCAUUUAGCUUUAAUUUAGACACAAUAUGUAGGAAAUUGUAAAUAAUACAUGAUUACUUUUUAUUAUUACGCGGAUGAUUUAUAAAUGGAUUUUAAAUUCAGUGCAUUUAUACA